GGGCCUUCCUUGCGCUUCCCGCGACAGAGGGGAGCGCGCCACUUCCGGACGUGGUCGCGCGCACGCGCCGGCUGGAUCGCCGCUUCUCUCGCCCAAACGCAAGCACUGCCUGGGAACCGCAGCAGGACUACGCGCUGCAUGGGGCGGGGAUAAGGCGGGGCUUCGUAACGAGCGACCAGGCGCCGCACCAAUCGCGGAGCUGCUCACCUCCAGGCUCGUUUUGAAAUUCCGCGGGGCCCAACGGCUCGUGGAGCAACUACGUGGAACGGGCUAGUCGGCGUUUUCGGGUGGUGGCUACGCCUUGGCUCGCGUGGAAGAGCUCGGGGGCCUCGACUUCCGGCUGCCUGGGGCGUCCGCCAUGAGGAGAAGUGAGGUGCUGGCAGAGGAGUCCAUAGUAUGUCUUCAGAAAGCUCUGAAUCACCUUCGGGAAAUAUGGGAAUUAAUUGGGAUUCCAGAGGACCAGCGCUUACAAAGAACCGAGGUUGUAAAGAAACAUAUCAAGGAUCUCCUGGAUAUGAUGAUUGCCGAAGAGGAGAGCCUGAAAGAAAGACUUAUCAAAAGCAUAUCCAUCUGUCAAAAAGAGCUGAAUACCCUGUGCAGUGAGUUACAUGUCGAGCCAUUUCAGGAAGAAGGGGAAACAACUAUCCUGCAACUAGAAAAAGAUUUGCGCACUCAGGUGGAAUUAAUGCGAAAACAGAAAAAGGAGAGAAAACAGGAACUGAAGCUUCUUCAAGAACAAGAUCGAGAACUCUGUGAAGUUCUUUGCAUGCCCCAUUACGACAUUGACAGCACCUGUGUUCCCAGCUUAGACGAGUUAAACCAGUUCAGGCAACACUUGGCAACUCUGAAGGAAAAAAAGGCAUCUAGGCGUGAGGAGUUUGUCACCAUAAAAAGACAGAUCAUCCUAUGUAUGGAAGAGUUAGAUCACACUCCAGACACAAGCUUUGAAAGAGAUGUGGUGUGUGAAGAUGAAGAUGCCUUUUGUUUGUCUUUGGAGAAUAUUACAACACUACAAAAGCUGCUACGGCAGCUGGAAAUGCGAAAAUCACAAAAUGAAGCUGUGUGUGAGGGGCUUCGUGCUCAGAUCCGAGAGCUCUGGGAUAGGCUGCAAAUACCUGAAGAAGAGAGAGAAGCUGUAGCCAUGAGUAUGACUGGGUCAAAUGCCAAAGUCAGGAAGGCGCUACAGUUAGAAGCAGAUCGACUGGAAGAAUUGAAAAUGCAAAAUAUGAAGAAAGUAAUUGAGGCAAUUCGAGUGGAGCUGGCUCAGUACUGGGACCGAUGUUUUUAUAGCCAGGAGCAGAGACAAGCUUUUGCUCCCUACUUUGCUGAGGACUACACAGAAAGCCUGCUGCAGCUGCAUGAUGCUGAGAUUGUGCAGUUGAAAAACUACUAUGAAGUUCACAAGGAGCUCUUUGAAGGUGUCCAGAAGUGGGAAGAGAACUGGAGGCUUUUCUUGGAAUUUGAGAGAAAAGCUUCAGAUCCGAGUCGAUUUACAAAUCGGGGAGGAAAUCUUCUAAAGGAAGAAAAGCAACGCGCAAAACUCCAGAAAACACUCCCUAAGCUGGAAGAGGAGUUGAAGACACGGAUUGAAAUGUGGGAACAGGAGCAAUCGACGGCAUUUCUAGUGAAUGGGCAGAAAUUCAUGGAGUAUGUGACAGAACAGUGGGAGGCACACAGACUGGAGAGAGAGAGAGCCAAGCAGGAAAGGCAAUUGAAGAACAAGAAGCAGACAGAGACAGAGAUACUGUACGGCAGCGCUCCCCGGACGCCCAGCAAGAGGCGAGUUCUGGCUCCCAGCACGCCCGGCAAAGUACGCAAGCUGAACACUACCACCACGUCCAAUACUGCAGCCAAUAGUAGCUUUCGUCCUGCCUUUGGGGGGACAGUCUACCACUCCCCCAUGUCUCGACUUCCUCCUUCUGGCAGCAAGCCAGUAGUCACUUCCACCUGUUCAGGAAAGAAAACUCCCCGUGCCAACAGACUUGGGGCCAACAAGGAGAACCUGGAGCUCAGUGGCAGCUUCCUGAGUGGUGGGUACCCUGGCUCAGCCCCCCUCCAGCGCAACUUCAGCAUUAAUUCUGUUGCCAGCACCUAUUCUGAGUUUGCGAAGGAUCCGUCCCUCUCUGACAGCUCAACUGUUAGGCUUCAGCGAGAACUUUCAAAGGCUUCCAAAUCUGAUGCUACUUCUCGAAUCCUCAAUUCAACCAACAUCCAGUCCUGAGAAGCCCUGACCAGGCAGUCAGCUGGACUUAAUUAUAUGGGGUGGGGGCUGGAGUUUUUCUUCAGUUUAAUUCAAGAAAUAACCUUAAAACUUAGUUUAUAGCAGUAAGUACAGAUUUUAGCACCUGGGACCUAAUUUCCUUCUCUAUCCCAUAACUGUACUUGGAUAAGCAUGAUCCAGGGCUUGUUGCAUUUCACUGUUGUGUAGGAAAAUGACUGCCUGUGCUCAGCCUUGGGGUAUGGGCCAUGGGCUAUAAGUUUGGCUGGUGCGCUUGUAAUUAUCAGUUAACAUUUUUUUAAAUCUAGGGAUGUCCAGUUAAUGUUACAGCUCUGAUGGCCUUGCUCUCACUCAGAGGCCUGUCCCCAUCACACUGAGGUCUGUGAGUCAGCAUCUGUGGCCUGACGACUGCCCAAGAGUGACGGCGGCUGGGAGCGCCUUUGUUAAACUGUGUACAGCUUUUGUUACAGAGUGCGAUCCCUUUGGGGGUCUGUAUGAUCGCACACGCUGUCUGAAGCGUUUCCUCGGGGUCCGGUCCCUGCCCUGUGCCUGCUAUGCCGGGGUCCUACCCUGCAGCUGCAGCCAGGUGGGGAGGCUGCCUCGGUGGGUGGGGCUGCUUUUUACUUUAGAGACCAGCACCUUUGCACACGUCACUACUGGGGCUUGUCCCUGCAUUAUCCCUGCAAUAGCAUCUGCGCUGAGGCUUUCUACCUGUUCUGUCCAUCACUGUGUUCUAAAGCACUAUUUAUUCUUCUACCUAUGACACAUUAAAAUGGUUCUCAAAAGGUUACCAAUGUGAACUUGCUCUGUAGCUGUCAGACAUGCUGUUUAGUCACAUAUAUACAUGUCUUAU